AUGCGCUCACACCGCAAAAAGAACACAUUUCGCCAGGGAAUCCCUCAUCGAGCAGAGAGGCACGGCGACCGAGGGACACACUUUGGCUACGAUGGCCGUGUGCUGGCCCAGAAGCUGGUCAACGUCCAUCCAGCGAAGCGGCCCAGGCUCGGGGUGGCAGACUCGUUGGGGUCUUGGCUUCCGUUUGGCGAGGAGGGUUGGCAGGAUUCAGCCUCUCUCGCUGACGAGAUCGUCGUACAGGUCCCAGACGUGAGUGGGCAUGGGCGCAAGCGCUACAUGAGCUCCGACAACCCUAUGGCUCUAUGGCGCAACAAAAUGGACCUCUUUCUUGACGAACUCCUGCGUGGGGAGGGUCUGGGCCGUGGAUACGAUGGAGCGUGUUGCGCACAAUUGCGGGCGUUUUCUGCAAUGCGAAAGCUGUUUGCGGGGAACACCACAAGCACUUGGCCCUUCAUCGUCCACAGGUGUGGACUGGCGAAUUCUGGGCUGAAUGUUCCUUGUACAACGAUGCUGAGGCACACACCUCGCUGGGUCAGAACCCUGGUGGUGCUCGAUGUCCACGGCAUUUUCCAGGUUACUGUGAGAUUUUGCGGCUGUAGUCUAAAUCUUCGACAUCGACACGGCCACAUUUCACAACUUCUCGAUAAUGCGUGGUACCCGGCUACCACGAGCAAUCCAUCUACUUGCGCCACGUUUGCCGUUUUGGACCUUUUUCGAUUACUCAAGGUGGUGGGCAAUGUCAACGCAAACGACUUUGUGCGAAGCCUCGAACGACUCUGCAACCCUACAAUGACGCGAAAAGUGCAGGAUCGAUAUAAGGCGUUCAUGCGAAUGGCACGACAAUACGAAUUCCUCAUCCGAGCGAAGCGUGCGGGCCGGGGGCAUGACCCUGAAGGCCUGGCCAAAACACUGGCCGGUGGGCUUGCCGUUGCCUGUUGGGCAUGUCCAGAGCCGGGUCGCAACUUACCAGACGGCUGGGAGAAUGUGCCGGAGAAGGAGGCUUUUUUGUAUGCUUUGAUGCUCGCAACGGACGCCAAUUUCCGUUUAAAGAAUCUAAUCCGGGCCAACGAGCGCGACGACCCAUCGUUGUGUUCCGGCAUGGGAUAUUUCGUACUCGACGAGCCAUACAAGUCCCACCUGCGGAACUACGUCGUCGAAGAAGAUACAAGUACUUGCAUCGCGUUCCAGGCGCUAAUGCAAAAGGAGACAAAACUCACGACCGGCUUGCGGGUUUCAGGCGUGGGCGGCUGCGUUUGUGCUCGCCAUGGAGUUGUGCGUCCGCUGGGAUUGGGGGAUUUGCAGAAGGGGGAAAGAUACGCUAACAUGGAUUGGAUUUUCCUAUCCGCUGUGGGCGGCGUCUGUGUAAGACGACUUGUGGUGUCGUACGACAUCGCUUGUCAGUGGAAGCAGCGUCUUAUGCUGCGAGCGAAGUUGUUGGUAAAGGGCGAGGAUACGCGGUUGAAGGAGAUAGAGGAGCGGAUGGGCACCGAAAACGUGGAAGCCUUAGGGCUUAAUGGUUCACAUGCGAUCAAAACCAAGCUCGACAGCUACAAGAUCCAGUUCGUGUUGCCUGUUUGGCACGCGGCUGCCCACGAAACAAGUUGUCAAGCUGCGAAUUCCUUGAGCCACGCAGUAGGAGUGGUGCGAACGGAUGGGGAGGGGAUCGAACGAACAUGGGCUAUCCUAAACCCUAUCGGUUUCUUGACGAAGGAGAUGGGAGCGGGCGGCCGCCACGAUACAAUCGAGGAGAAGGUGGAUCAUAUCAAUUUCGAGAAGAAUGUGAUGGAAGGGGAUACACUGGCACGGAAACUCAUCAUUGCCAUCGCUCAGCGGGACCAGCAAAUCGGAGAGUUCGAGGAGGUCGAUUCUUCUUUGACGAGCAAUAUGCGCGCAGAUUGGCAGGGCCGAUUGGACCGUUGGAAUGCCGAUCCUUCACAACAGAAUCCAUAUGUUUUGGAUGGUGCUUUUGUGGGACCUUCGGAAGCGAAGAUUGUGGCCGAUCUCAAACGAGCUGAGCUGGAGGACAUCCGCAUGGGGCGAGUGGAUGCGUUACUUGGUUCAAUGACCAGUGUCGCUUUCAUGAAGGCAGCGCUGCAGUUGGAGGAGAUGCAACGGCGAAUCAGCACAGAGGCCAAGACCCACAUUAUCAACUACCGCAAUGCGAAUGCAGUUGGGCAGGCGGCAUCAACGCGGUCAAACACGUUGAUCACGCGAAUCGAAGGGCAUGGAAGACGAGAAGUAACGAAAUACCGAAAGGCCUAUGAGGCCGGGCAUCGAUUGAAGGACGACUUUGCCCCCGAGUUCCAAGAGUUGCGAGAAGAGGAUAUACGGGUAAUGGGUGAAGAAGAGAGCGGCGCUGCGGCAAGGUCUGCGCUUGGGAGGGUUGGCAACAGCAGGCGUGCACGAAACGAGCCGACGGCGACAACACAGGCAGUACCUGUUUCGUGGAUAUGGCAGGUGGGCGGGCCGGAGCGGCUCCAUGAUGCGGUGUGGGUACAGUGGACCAAGGCACGGGCGAGGCGGGACCGUUGGGUGGAGGAGGUACAGCUGAUCCAGGAGGAAAUGCGCAGGGUCCUGCGCAGCCUGGAAACGGUUGAGGGGGGAGUGGCAAUCAAGGGAAUCAUAUCGUUCUGA